AUGUCGCAACGAACGGAGCCGCCGUCGGACCCUGGCGUGAGAAGAAGGGCCUGCACCAAUUGUACUGUGGGCAAAGCCAAGUGCACCCCUUUCUCGCCUGACGAGUGUGAACGGUGCCACAGACUAGGCAAAGAGUGUCACUAUGCCAGUCUUGCAACUAGGCGUAGAAAACCGCAGUCAAACUCGCGUCUGCAGGUGCUCGAGCGCCAAGUGAGAGAAUUGGCGGCACGACAACGCUAUUCGCCUCGCCAGCCACCGAAUGUAAUGUCCAUAGGUUUGUAUAAUUCUGAUUCCAGCAGUUUUGCAACCUCCGAUACGUUACAAUGGCCUACCUCAACGGGCACUCCAAGCAGUGCAGAGCUGGUGGUUAGCCAGUCGUCCCGGGUCUCUCCAACGAGAGCCAGCAACAGUAGAAGACACACUGCAGAUAUCAUCGAUCGUGGUGUGGUGACUAAAGAAAUGGCACAAACCCUGUUGGAUCGAUUUCGCGACAAUGCUACUGAACAAUUCCCCUUUGUCGUUAUCCCUGCCGGAGCGUCACUGGAUUCGGUUCGACAAGAGAGCCCUUUCCUCUUUCUCGUUGUAGUAGCUACGAUGCUAUUCGACGACCCCUCCUUGCAACAUCAACUUGGGGAAGAUGUCCGCGAGCAAGCCUUACAUCGAAUUCUCUUGGGGGCUGAGAAGAGUCUAGACCUUCUUCAAGGCCUGCUCGUCUACACUACCUGGUACUGUCAUUUCUACCAAGCAGACAAGCAUCAAGAACUAUUGAUGUCACAACUAUGUGUCACGCUUGCCCACGACCUGGGCAUUAGCAAGAACAAGCGGCAACCAAGCGAUAAUCGGCCCCAGUGCAAGCCAAUCGCAGAGAUAGACCUGAGCCUUUCGCUUGCCAACGCGCAAAUGCGGGCUUAUCUGGGCACGUAUUGUGUUUCUUGCUUAGUAGCAUCGAUUCUCCGAAACCGUACCGCCUUACCCUACACCAAAUACGUGAGCCACUGCUGUCAGUCGUUAGCGGGUGUAAAAGAGUAUGCAACCGACGAAUUGAUUCCGCAUCUUGUACGAAGCCAAAGAUUAUCGCGGCUCAUUGCCGACACAUUCUCCUUUGACGACCUAAGCAAUGGUGACAUGCGAGGAGAAUUUAUCCUGACAUUGACUUCGGAUGCUUUCCUUCGAGAUGUCGAUGCCCUGCGGCUGGAGGUACCUCCACACUUCCAGAAGAACACUCUUCUAGACCUUGAGUUUCACUUUCUCCGUAUGAUGACCAAUGAAAUUGCCUUGCAUGCUGAGUUCUGGACUUCGGCAAACGGUUCGGAACAUCAAGCUCGACCUGACUCGAGUGGCCUUUUACUUACGAGGUCGAAAAUGCUCUGGAGCUCCUUGAACAGUUGCAAAGAGUUCAUACACACUUUCCUGGCUCUCCGAAACGAACAUCUAUUCUACUUGACCGCCUUCGUAUAUCCCAGAUUGUAUUCCGUCUUCAUCACUCUCGCCAGGUUGGUGUUUGCCGAGUUUGGCAGCACAGGUACGAGCAGCACGGAUCAAUCAGAAGACAUCCGGGACUUCCAAAGCUCCUCUUGGAGCACGCUGAGUGUUGCAAAGGAAGCCGAUUUCCUUCACUUGGCCAAAGAGGUCCUGGAAAAGUUCACUGCCGUUGCGAAGGACUACGUUGGCGCCGAUGGGAAGCCGGAUGCCAUGUCUAACUUCGCGUCUGCAAUGCGGAUACUGAUAUCAGGCUAUGAGCAGCAGAUGAACGACAAACAAAGAGCUUCUAAGAGGUCGGAGACUGUGCAUCCAGCAGACGGAAGAGCACAGGAGCCUGCUGGUACGGCGGUCGAUCUUAGUGCGUAUUCACCUGGCCAGGGUAUAGGUAAUGGCAGCGGAGGUAGUGGCAUCUUUGACAUGCCGGCGUUCGCAUGGGAUUCGCCCACUCGAAUGGCUUGGGAUGAUAUGUUGGAGACUUUCACCAUGGGUCCAUUCUCGUAG